CACCAAAAUAUCAAUUUCAUUUGCUCGUGAGAAUGUUCCCCACCAAUCAACCAUGGCGAAACACACUAUGUUUUUCUUCUUACCCUUUUCCAUUUCUUGGUAAAUCAGUAUUUUAUUUGUUCUUAUUUGUCUAUUCCUUAAUCUCAUCGGCCAUAAAAUUAUGUGGGUUUAUAAAUCUUGAUAGCAAAUCGUCACACAGUUUCGUUCCAAACUUCAACAACAGAAUCUUGGAACCAGAGUUGCCAUGGAUGCUUCAUCAUCACCUAGUUAUGAGCAAAUGCAAGUGCAAAAGUCGGACUCAGAUGGGCCAUAUCGGCUUCUAUAUUGUUCGGGUAAAGGCAACAAAUGGGGUGUGAUGCAAGAGCUUGAAAAAGGAGUAGAACCGAAUGUAGGAGAUUAUGAUAGAAGAACAGCACUUCACUUAGCUGCUUGUGAAGGCUGCACUGAAAUCAUUCUUUUACUUCUUGAAAAAGGAGCUGAUGUCAACUCUACUGACCGUUGGGGUCGCACACCACUUUCGGAUGCACGUAGCUUAGGUCACUUGGAAAUAUGUAAAAUCCUCGAGGCACAUGGAGGACUUGAUCCGGUUGGACUCGAUUCCCAAACUCCAUGUUACCAAAUUCAUUACACAGAAGUUCGCAUGAAGGAAUCAAUUCUUAUUGGCGAACAGGGUGCGUAUGGUGAAGUUUAUAAAGUAAAAUGGCGUGGCACAGAAGUCGCUGCUAAAACAAUCCGGUCUUCAAUUGCGUCAAGCGAAACUGUGAGGAAAGCGUUUUUGAAAGAACUUGAGUUGUGGCAAACGCUGCGACACCCAAACAUAGUGCAGUUUCUUGGUGUCUUGAAGGACUCGGAUCGCUUGAUUUUCCUAACCGAGUAUUUAAAAAAUGGAAGUUUGUAUGACAUUCUAAAGAAGAAAGGAAGACUUGAUUCAUUGACAGCUGUCUCUUAUGCUUUGGAUAUUGCAAGGGGUAUGAAUUAUCUUCAUCACCAUAAACCUCAUGCUAUAAUACACAGGGAUUUGACCCCAAGAAAUGUAUUGCAAGAUGAAGCUGGGCGUCUUAAAGUGACAGACUUUGGGUUGAGCAAAAUUGCACAGGAGAAAGAUGUUUAUGGUUACAAAAUGACUGGAGGAACUGGAUCAUAUCGGUAUAUGGCUCCUGAAGUAUAUCGGCGAGAAUCUUAUGGCAAGAGUGUUGAUGUUUUCUCGUUUGCUUUGAUUGUUCAUGAAAUGUUUCAAGGAGGACCAUCAAAUAGAGAAGAACCACCCGAGCAUGUGGCGGAUAAACGAGCAUAUGAGGACUCGAGGCCGCCUUUAUCUUCAUAUUUGUAUCCGGAGCCCGUAAGGAUGCUUCUUAAAAGAUGUUGGCACCGCAAUCCUGACGCGAGGCCAAAGUUUGAAGACAUAAUAACAGAACUGGAGAAGAUUUUGGAGAAUGAAGAAAGUAAAGUGGGCAUUAGGUUUUGCUCUUGCUUUGUCAUCGUAUGAAAGCUGAGCUACUUGUUACACUUACACAAAUAUACGUAUAUGUAUGCAGUAUAUAUGCAUACUUUUGUAUGUUCUUCAUGUCGGUUUAUUGCGUUGGUAUAUAUUAUGAUAUGUUACGUGUAAUAUG